UCCUUUCUAUCAUUUCGGGACGGCUAUGAGUUCGCGUGCGGGAUACAUUGUCAAUAUUGUUUAAAACGUCCAAAUUGUGUCCGAAGGGAAUCGCAAGGAUACUCGAAGCGUGGUUUAACCGAAUUUCAAAAGCGUUUCUUGUCAUCCUGUUCUGUUGAGACCGUCUUUCUGUGUUCCGAAACGGAUAAGAUUUUGUGCGUUUUCAGCCCAGUCUGGUUGGCAGUUUUUAUUGGAACUUAAGAGAAAUUACAGUGCCUAAUCCAACCAAGGUCUAUGCCAGUAAAUCAAAUCCGUCUGGGCAGAGUGAAAUUACAAUCCAUAAAUAACAAAUCAAAUUCAUAAUCAAAAAUUGUGUCAUUGUGUUGCUCUCGCUGCUCAUUUGAGUGUCGUCGAACUUUUGAUUUUCCGAAAUGAAUAAUUAAAUGUCCUUAUCAUAAAUCAUCAAGUUUGAAGGCUUGAAGUUGGAAGGAGCUGCAGCUGUUGUUCGGAGGAACACAAACUUUCGCGUUCUGAUACAAUAAUUUAGGCCAGAUGUCUUUUUAUCUUAGACAAGUUUAAAUACACAUCAGAUUUGUAUCUUUCAUCGAGGCGAAAUUUAUCUUUGCUACUGAUAAAUAAAACAUUCCGGCCUAACCAAAAUGACGAAAGACAUUGUGAAGUCCCCCUCCGGGGUCGGCGUUCAAAUAGACUGUCCUACACCUGUUCCAGAGAAAACGAAUUUCGGAGGAGGUAUGCCGUCACUAAGUCUACCACCCGCUCUAACUCUGGAGGAAAAGAAGUAUAUGAUUGCCGUGGAACGGGGAGACUUGGCCAAUGUCAGAAGGAUGUUACAGAAGGCUCACCGUCGACAUCACAUCAACAUAAAUUGUAUGGAUCCCCUCGGGCGUCGAGCCCUCACACUUGCCAUCGACGGUGAAAAUCUGGAAAUGGUGGAGCUUCUCGUUAUAAUGGGCGUCGAUACAAAGGACGCACUCCUGCAGGCUAUAAAUGCGGAAUUCGUUGAGGCUGUGGAGCUGUUGUUGGAACAUGAAGAAUUAAUCCAUAAUGAGGGUGAACUAUACAGCUGGCAGAAAGUUGACAUAAAUACGGCAAUGUUUACGCCAGAUAUUACGCCCCUUGUACUGGCUGCACACAGGAAUAAUUAUGAAAUUCUGAAAAUCCUUUUGGACCGUGGUGCAGCGCUUCCAGUUCCUCAUGACAUAAAGUGCGGAUGUGACGACUGCAUACGUUUGUCCUCAGAGGACUCAUUAAGACACUCCUUGUCACGGGUAAACAUUUAUCGAGCGCUUGCGAGUCCUUCACUAAUUGCUCUCACGUCAAACGAUCCACUUUUAACGGCAUUUCAAUUAUCAUGGGAACUAAGAAAUCUGGCGUUCACGGAACAGGAGUGCAAGGCGGAAUAUAUGGAACUUAGACGACAAUGUCAACAGUUUGCAGUGGACCUGCUUAGCCAAACCCGUAGUUCACAGGAAUUAGCCAUCAUAUUGAACUAUGACCCGGACGCCCCGCCAUAUGAAGUUGGAGACCGUAUGCAUUUAGCAAGACUGAUACAGGCUAUUCAAUACAAGCAGAAAAAGUUCGUAGCGCAUCCAAAUAUUCAGCAACUUUUGUCAUCUAUCUGGUACGAAGGCGUUCCUGGAUUUAGAAGGAAAACAUAUGUAGGGAAGUUCUUGAUAAUUGGAAAAAUAGCACUUCUGUUCCCGUUCUAUUGUUUGAUGUAUAUGCUCUUUCCUAAUUGUUCUACGUCAAGAAUAAUGAAAAAACCAUUUAUGAAGUUUAUGGUUCACGCGUCUUCCUAUCUAUUUUUCUUAUUUGUGCUAAUUUUGGUAUCACAAAGGGCCGAGGACAAUAUCAUACGUAUGCUUGGGACGGAAAAUAUGAAAGAAGCUUUACUGGAGCGUAAGAAACGGCAACGCGGUAAUGGUCCAACAAGUCUAGAAUUGCUGGUAGUCGUCUAUGUUUUUGGCUUCAUUUGGGAAGAAAUUCAGGAAAUUUAUACGCUCGGCAUAAGGCAGUAUCUACGCAACAUGUGGAAUUUCAUUGACUUUACAAGGAACUUUUUAUAUGUACUCGUAGGAUGCCUAAGGAUUUUCGCAUACAUCCAGCAGACUAAUGAGAUCGCCCAAAAUGCUGCUACAGCCUAUAUCAGGAGGGAGGAAUGGAAUGACUUCGAUCCACAGCUAAUUGCAGAAGGACUUUUUGCAGCUGCGAACAUUUUCUCGGCCCUAAAGCUUGUCCAUCUGUUUUCGAUAAAUCCACAUUUGGGACCUUUACAGAUUUCAUUAGGACGAAUGGUUAUAGAUAUCGUGAAAUUCUUUUCCAUAUACUCCUUGGUCCUGUUUGCGUUCGCUUGUGGCUUGAACCAGCUACUAUGGUACUUUGCUGAUCUUGAAAAGGAAAAAUGCUAUAGUCUUCCGGAACUCCAGCCAGACUGGGAAGGUAACGGGGAUGCCUGCAUGAAGUGGAGGCGGUUUGAAAAUCUUUUUGAGUCGUCACAAUCUUUAUUCUGGGCAAGUUUUGGUAUGGUUGGAUUAGAAAAUUUUGAACUGGAAGGUAUCAAAUCAUAUACACGAUUCUGGGGCCUUUUGAUGUUUGGGUCAUACAGCGUGAUCAACGUUAUCGUGCUACUCAACUUACUGAUUGCUAUGAUGUCGAAUUCAUAUGCUAUGAUUGAAGAACAUUCUGACACUGAAUGGAAAUUUGCUAGAACGAAACUGUGGCUCAACUUCUUCGAAGAUAGUGCUACUCUUCCACCACCAUUUAACAUUUUGCCAUCUGUGAAAUGGAUAACCAGAAUAUUCAGGAAGUCACGCAAAGAAAUCCUACGAAAACAGCAUCAGAAGCGAGACACGGAUCAGGAAAAUCGAUACACUAACAUUAUGCGAGCAUUAGUUUGGCGAUAUGUGUCCUCAACCCAUCGUAAAUGUGAAGAAUCUCCAGUGACUGAGGACGAUAUUAACGAAGUCAAGGGUGAAAUAUCCACAAUGCGCUAUGAAAUGCUGGAAAUUUUCGAAAGAAAUGGAAUGGAUGUAUCCAGCGCUGCAAAGAAAGAAAAACCUGUGCGUGCCAAACGAGCUAAAGAAUGGGAACGACGUCUUAUGAAGGAUUUCCACGUUGCUCCGAUUCCAAUUGAUAAUGCGGAACAAGAACAACCUAUCGAAGUUGUUCCUACAGAACCUGCACCGCCAAAUGAGGAUCCAAAAGCGAAAUUCCGCCGAAUUGCACGACAAAUUGCCAAUGAUUCGAUGGCUCAUAAGUGGAAUGAGGUACUAAAGACCGUUGCCAAGAAUUCUCAAAUAGGACGCAGUCGGGAUCGACAAAGCUUUACUAAUCAGCAGAACUUACAAAAGGCUAUGGAAGAAGCUAAAAAGUUGGUCCUGCAAAGUCCACCACCACAUUCGGGAAAUAUUUCACCAAUCGAAUUUAUUGAUGAUACCUCAACGACUCUUCUUGAGCUAAUCAAGGAUCUUUCCGAAGAGUCUGGAAGUAUUAAACAAGGCGCUCGACCAAAAACAUUUGCAAAGGAGAAACCAAGUGGAAUCGUAGCAUUAUCCAAUGAAUUCAAGCAAAGAGCUCUGGCAAACAAGCAUUCCGGUGGUGAACGCGUAUACAAGCCACUUUCACCACCACCUCAAUUUUCCAGGGCAGCGUGCACUAGUAGCAACGUUGCGGAUGUUCCUUCGAUUAAAGUGACUACACCGGAUAGCCAAAUUGUCCUGACCGCUUCCACAUUGAUGUCACCGAAGCAAAAUCGACCACCGAAGAAGCAGGCCCCCAGUGCACCAGUAGAGCAUCAACGCCCACCACCCGGGAAACAAGCCCCAAUAGCUAAUGUUGAUAGUGAUGACAAUGAGCCGAUUUCUUAUGUUAGUCUUAAUGAUAGUACAGAGAAGCUGGUCCCGCGACCAAUCAGUCCAGAAUCAGACUGCAGCACGUUGCCACCGACCAGCCCUCGAGCUACUGAACGGACGCCUGACCUAUCGGGUGGCAGACGAAAAGGCGCGUGGUUGUAAAUAUUGAGGAUGAAUUUUUAGGAAAAGAUAUUUUCUCGGUUGUUUUGGUGAUAUUGUAUGCUUCCGCAAAUUUCUAGAUACUCGAACCUACGUUAACAUAUUAAAGUCAAAGAAAAAUCAAUUCUUGAAGUCUCAAAGAAGCGCAAUUUCGGUAGAUAUCUUUCAAGGUAAAUCCGCUUCUCCUCGUUGAAUGUAUGACAAAGUGCGGAACCAUUUUUACGUAAUUAGGAAGGCCUUGUUGUCAAAAGCACUCUCAUUAUCGCACCAUUUAGCCAUCCAUGACUCCAAGGAAUUUCGAACAGAAGAAAAAGGCUUUGAUUUGAGCUGCUGCAUCUUUAUGAAACUUUGAUCAAAUACAGUUGCAACCGCUGAAAUAACCCUCAGGCAUGUAAUUCAUCAGCACACGUUCAUCUGAUCCCAUCGCAAAAUCGACUCCCCUAAUCAUCCUCUUUUGUUGUAUUUUUUGCGAAAAAUCCGCGACGAAUCUCCUAAUCCGUCCUUAAGUGAUAUGCUUGUAUAUAAAGGACAAAAAUGAAUAGAAUAAACGUUCGACUCUCUCGCUCAUUACCCUAAAUUUAUAAUUGCGAAAUUAUCCCAAGUUCGAUAAAAUAUCCCUACAAAGUGCAAUUAAUAUGAAAGUGAAUCUAGUCAUGGGGAAAAAGUUAAAAGUACAUUUUAAAGUUUUUCAAAUAUUUUUACAGGAUAAGAGAAUUUAAGGAAUAUGUAUAUGAAAAAUAGCAUCACAUAAAUACAGGAUAAAAUCGUAAAGAA